AUGCGUGCUUUGGGUCGGGGAGGAUCCAUUAUCAAUAUUUCUUCUACUGGUGGUCUAAACCGACCAGUACCACCUGGAUGUACUGCCUAUGCUUCUUCAAAGUCAGCCAUGGACACCAUGACAAGGGUAAUGGCAUUGGAAUUGGGGCCAUAUAAAAUCAGAGUGAAUUCAAUGGCGGCGGGACUUUUUCGAUCUGAGAUCACAGCGGUUCUAAAGCAAAAAGAAUGGCUAAAAAAUGUGGCUUCGAGAACUAUUCCCUUAAAAACAUCUGGCACAUCAGACCCAGCGUUGACAACACUUGUUCGAUACUUGAUCCAUGACUCUUCGAAUUAUGUCUCUGGAAAUAUCUUCAUCGUUGAUGCUGGGGCCACUCUUGUUACUGUCCCAAUUUUCUCUUCACUUUGA